AAAGCCAACAGCGGACCCAAAGCCUGGGCACAGUCAAAUGCUAGCAGGGCAGAAGCCUCAUUCCAGGUCCCAGAUGUCCUUCUGCACCCCGCGAAGUGCCAAAUGCUGUUGUUGGCCCCAGCAGAGUCCUUGGCUCACAGCACACAGCAGGAGCUGUCGGGGAUGUGAGGCUGCAGACACAAAAGACACGGUGGCCUUGGUUUAUCGUUCGUAGGAGCAGCGGCUCUUGGAGGCUGUUGUGAGGAGCCUGGGGCCUAAGUUCAUAUGUCCUUCAGUGACCCUGUCCCCACGAAAGCAGAAAGUCAAAAGCCAGCCUGCCCCAGACCCAGACCAGCCUCACCCUGACUCCAAAUGCCGGGAGUCCUCGGAACUGUAUUCAAAUACAGCCGGUCACUGCCUUUGGCUUCUCACGGUGGGUGCCCAGGAGCCUGUGAUUUGAGAAGUGAAACUGGACACAUCACUGCCUUCAUGCGGGGAGAGGAAGGGCUUGUGAGCCUUAUUACUGUGCCUGCUGUUUCUCAGUUGGUCACAUGCAGACCCUCACUAUGACCAGGUUCUUGACUGCCCUCCUUGUCUGGACCCUGAUGGCUCCUGGCAGCGGUGGCCGGGGCAGAGGCACAGCGUGGCCCACACACACAGCCUGCAGGAACGAGGGCUUGGAAGUGCUCUACCAGAGCUGCGAUCCAUUACAGGAUUUUGGCUUUUCUGUUGACCAGUGUUCCAAACAAUUGAAACCAAAUCUCAGGAUUAGAUUGGGCAUCAUUCUGAGGGAGGACAUCAGAGAACUGUAUCUUGACAUAUCUCUCAUCAGUAAAGGCACUUCUGUACUGCAUUACUCCUACCCCAUCUGUGAGGCAGACCUACCCAAGUUUUCUUUCUGUGGAAAGAAGAAAGGAGAGCAGGUUUACUAUGCUGGCCCAGUCAAUAAUCCUGGAUUUGAAAUUUUUAAGGGAGAAUACCAGAUUUUGCUGGAACUGUAUAAUGAAAAACGUGCCACUGUGGCUUGUGCCAAUGCCACUGUCAUUUGCUCCUGACCUUGGGCUGCAGCAGAAGUGCAGCAAGCUCAGACUCAUGGGCAUGCCAGAGUCCACAGGUGCACCCUACUUUGGAAGAAGAGCCAGCUGGUGACAGCGAGGAGCUCUGCGAAGAGGCCUCCCAACAAGUCCAGCUGCGAAUUUCAACUCCAGGUCAGAGGUGCCAGACGCUGUGGACGGCUCGAAGCCCCCAAAGUCAUCUGCCUCUCAGGAGCCCCUCAGUCAUCCCUGAGCAGCCUCAGGUGUCCCUGCUUCACUGAAGAGUCGCCCUCCUUCCCUAAGGAGCCGCCCCUCCUCGGCUUUCUCUUCUUCAGGUCCUUAGGAGUGUUUCCCCUCAGGCCCCCAAAAUAAAGAAUGCAGCCCA